GACGCAUUCCUGCACGUCACGUUACGUCAGCUAGCGGAUAGAGAAGCUAACGCUGCAGCUAAUUACGUAACUUAUGAGCGUGUAUUAACUCAGCCAUAAACAACUCAGCUGAGUCCUCCACUCGGCGGUGAACAUCUUUGUUUUUUACUUGUUUGCUGGACAAACCCGUCAGCUCCAAUGCCAUAAUGAAAGCAGCCAGAAACAAUAUGUUGGGUGCUGGAACAUCCAACAACAAGGUCAAAUAUUCUCGACUGGCUGCCGAUGAUGAUGGUUACAUAGACUUACAGUUCAAGAAGAGCCCGCCAAAGGUCCCAUACAAGGCGAUUGCACUGGCUAUAUUCCUGUUUCUGAUUGGCUCCUUACUGAUAACCUUUGGAGCUCUUCUUCUGUCAGGAACCAUACACGUUGAGCAUCCAGACCGCACCAUUCCUGUCAUCAUCAUAGGGCUACUUGUUUUCCUUCCUGGAUUUUACCAUUUGAGAAUCGCCUACUACGCCGCCAAGGGUUACCGGGGUUACUCCUACGACGACAUCCCAGAUUUUGGUGACUGAGUCAGAUAGCAGCUGCAGAUUGGCGGGGGAAUCCCCUCCUUUUGCCACACUGUGUAUCCUGAGACUGUUUCCUUCUGUUUACUUUUGAGUUUCUGAAUGUAUGUAACGAAUAAGGCAAAAAAAUGUAUCAGUGUCCAGCCAUAGAGACACGUCUUUGUCCACAGGUGCACCGUGCAGGAUUAAAACUGUCUUGCUGAUCUUUUUUUUAUUUUUAUUUUUUGCUCUGUGUCAUAUUAUCCUCUACACAAGAAGCUUAACGGACGUGAGAAGCUUUACUGUAUAUAUUCAGCAACAGUGAACCAAACACGUGUAGUGAUUUAAAGAGUAGAGGAGCCAGCCUGCUACAGUACAGCGACAUGUUGCCGAUGUACAAUUCUCACUACUCAUUCAAGUAAGGGAUAAUGUACAGCAAGCAGAUCAUUGUUGCUGAAGGGGUUUAUUUCACAACAAUGACCCUCUCACUGUAUAUUAUCCAGCUUAUUACACAUCUACUUACUAAAGAAAUCAAUAACUUGACACAAAAUAUUGAUUUUAUUGCUUCUGCUGUGGUCCUCCAGAGUCUAUGAUCAGAACAUAAACAGAAUAUAAAUAAAAAUAAGACAUUGAAACCUCGGAUGAGUGGUGAAACUACACAGACUACAUAGAUGCCUUUUUAAUUUACUACUGCUCGAAAAACCUGGAUGACUGAGAAUCUUUGUGUUCUUUGUUGGUGUAUCUUAAACAAAUAUUUAAAUGUGACUGUUGUCAUAUAGGGGCUAUGUUUCUCCUGAAGGUAUAUAUUUGCAGUAAGAUCCAAAGAUUGAGUACUUUGUGGGAAGAACAGUAUAUUUUUGGAAUGUAAUGUAUUACUUUCAGUAUUGCUGUUUGUGCAUACUUAUUUGAUUUUGAAUAUCAAAGAAAGAUGUAUUUUUACAUGCAUUUGCUUGAUUUUAAAAAAAUGAAAUAAAAGAUCUGAUCGAGGAUCUGAAA